UGCGACUGCCAAGGACCAUGUCAAACCUCAAAAAACCACUUUAGAAUCUAAAACUUGAUUGUUCAAGGCAAAAUUCCAGUGUAAACCGCUCAAAAUGUCUUUUAAAUUCUACGUGAAUUGGUGGAUUAAGAACAAGCGAGAAUUAGAAGAACUCAAAAAGAAGGACGAUAACUUCAGGACGAAAAUAGAAGAUGUUAAAGAACGCAGUAUAGCCAACAAACUAGUAGGAGGAAUGUACGCUAGGUACUGCAUGCUGGUUCAGGAAUUAGAUUUGUGCUUAGAUCAGCUGGCUCAACCUCAAAAAACUGUCGCUAUCAGAAAACUGGUGGAAUCGGCUGUGUUCCGCCUUAAAGAAUUGUUCAACGAACUGAGAUGGAUAGACUUUUCCGAGUAUCACUACAUCGACGAUGCCCUUGUAGAGUUGAAACUGGUCCCUCAUGAUAUUGAGAUUCUCCAUCCGUAUCUCUGCUACCCCAGACCAUACGACAUAGAACAAAUGUACGAAAGAAUAAAGAACGGCGAGAGGAUCUACACCAAACCUUCAACUCCCCCACCAGAACUCGAAGAAGAACCUGCACCAGAAGCGAAUGUAGAGGAAGCUACUGUUCCAGUAGAAGAACCUCAAGAUGCCAAGAAGGAAAAGAAGAAAAAGAGGCCACCAGUUCAAACUCCAAUAGCUGUUGAAAAGAAAGCAGAGCUAUCACCUGAGGAGAAAGAACGCCAAAAGAAAGAGGCGGAAAUCACAGCUGCAGUUGAGAUCAUACAACGCCAUGAGAGGGCUAGGCAGGCAAGACUGUAUCACAGAGAGAUCUGGGCGGUCUUCCUCAUGCACAAAGAUGAUGGAAGUCCAAAGAAAGGGGAACAGAGGAGGGAAUAUACACCGGAAGAUAAAGAAAAAGCUGCCAGAACACUGCAGAGGGUUUAUAGAGGACAUUACUGGAGGAAUUAUCUGAAGAAAAAGGAAAACGAGAGGAGAUUGUUGAUAGGUAUGACGGAAACAAGUUUCAGAUCUCGUAAGGAAUACGAGAUAGAAGAACAAGCCAUAGAAGAACGCAGAAAACUACGUGAACUCCGCAUAAAGCAGUACAUCGACGCCAAUUUGGCGGAGAAAGAUCGAAUCCUCCGAGUGGUAGGUCCAGGUCUCAUGGAAGAUAUAGGCGACGAGAUAAGAGAGUGGUUCUACCAAUGGUACCUGAGGGCCAAGAACUUCGACAAGUAUCCUCCGGAAGACAAGGGAGGCACCAUCCUGGUCGUGAGGGGCGAAACCAUGACGCCCGAAGAAUGGAUAGACGAUGUGGAGAGGAAACGCAGGGAGAAAGUUAAGGCUGGCGGAUCCAAAGAGGAGAAGGAGAAGAAGAAGGCGGAGAAGGCGAAGCAGAAGGCGGCCGAGAAGGCAGCCAAGAAGGUCAAGAUGGCGGCUUUGAAGAAGGCUAUCAAGGAUAAGAAGAAGAGGAGGAACGACGUGGUCAAUUACCAGAUGGAGUUCGACGAACCUGAGGGUAGUUAUCUUUUUGCUGAAGGUCAAGCUGAGCACGUGAAGAUCUGGAACGAAAGAGACGAGAUGCUGAAUCCUGAAGAGACUCAUUAUAUGGACCUGAUUACCGAUCAGCGGUGCUAUGAGGUGCAGCUUGAGAUGAGGCAGAAAGUUGAUGAGAUGAUGAGGCUAGAACUAGAGCUGCUCAACGACGCGCUAGCCAGGGACAAGAAUAAAAAACCCAAAAAACCGAAAAAACCUAAGGCGAAACGUAAGAAGGGAAAGAAACCACCGAAGGACAUAACAGCCCACAGGACGACAGAGGAAAUCUUCCAAGAACUCGUGGAUAACGGCAUCAUCAGACUCUAUCCAAAGACGCGUCUGGACGAGUUCAUCGGCGACUUCAGCUACAAUAACAUGGAACUACGACAGAAUGAGUUCUUGGAUCCACCGCCCUGCCUCGGUGACGUCAAACAGGCCAUAGUGGUCGACCUCAUCCUACCCUUGGGCUUAAGCGUGUGUAAACAGAGGGUGCGAUCGGCGAUUUUAUGUGGUCCACCACAGUCUGGAAAGAAGAUCUUAGCGAACGCAAUCUUUACCGCCACCAGGUGCGUUCUGUUCGACCUAUCCCCUGAGGUGUUAGCGGGAAAGUACCCUGGAAAGCCGGGUCUGAAUAUGCUUCUCCACCUCGUUAUGAAGAUGUCAAAACUCCUACAGCCCUCAAUAUUGUUCUUCAACGCAGCAGAGAAGCCUUUUUAUAAGAAGGUGCCUGCAGAGGAGAAAGAUCUAGAUCCGAAGAGACUCGGAAAAGUUUUACUGAAGAAAGUGGUGAAAGUCAUCAAGCCUGAGGAUAGAGUGAUGCUUUUGGGCCUCUGCAAUCAGCCAUGGGCUGCAGCGAAGAAAAUGAAUAAACUCUAUGAGAAGGCUAUCCUGAUACCACGUUCUGACUAUGGUAGCGUCUUCAUCUACUGGAGGGAACAGCUGAUGCCUUACCACAGCGUCGACAGGGGCAUGGACCUGUCGAGCUUGAGCAAACUGACCGUCAAAUACCCCUUGGGCGUCAUAAAGGAAGUCACGAAAAAGAUAAUGACGCCGUCGCGCAUUGUCAAGCUAUACUAUCAGCCAUUACAGCAGAUAGAGCUCUUCGAACCCUUCACGAAGAUCGAGCCGAUCACCGAUAAGGUAUGGAAGAAAUACGAGAAAUGGUACAAUGGUACACCGGUAGGGAAGCUGGGGAAGAAAUACGCCAAGUACCAACUGACCCUUAGGGAGGAAAUGUUGAAGAGAAAGGAGGCUGAGGAGAAACAGAAUGAAAAGAAAGGGAAGAAGAAGUGAUCCUGUGAUGAUUUUAUCGAGGGAAUUUAUGUGUCAAUAUUUAUGUAUCGAAAUAGAGUGAUUAAAAAUCUUUUUUA